AUAACUUUAGAACUUGUUUUUCAGGUUCUGCUGUUCUCCAAAUAUAAUUAAUGAUGUUCUACUGCUUUAUCUUUGGUAGAUUAUGUUCUACGAGGACAGGAACUUCAUGGGACGUUCCUGGGAGUGCAGUGGAGACUGCGCCGACAUGUCCUCCUACAUGAACCGCUGCCACUCCUUCAGGGUGAUGAGCGGCUGCUGGAUGUUCUACGAUCAGCCCAACUACAUGGGUCACCAGUACUGCUUCAGGAGGGGAGAGUACUCUGACUACAUGAGCAUGUGGGGAUCCAGCAGCUGGGUCAGGUCUUGCCGUAUGAUCCCCUGGUACAAUGGAUCCUACAGGAUGAGGAUGUACGAGAGGGAUAACUACAUGGGCCAGAUGAUGGAGAUGACCGGAGACUGUGACAACUUCAUGAACCGCUACAACUGGUCUCAUGGAUGCCGUUCCUGCCACGUGAUGGACGGCCACUGGAUGAUGUACGAGCAUCCCAACUACAUGGGCAGGAUGUGGUACUUCGGACCCGGACACUACAGGAACUUCAGCAACUGGGGCAACAUGAGGUUCAAUAGUAUGAGGCGCGUCAUGAGCGACUGGUACUAAGAAGUGACCAAUUUACUCUAAUUUUUAAUAAAAUGUUCAGUAUCUGAGAAA